AUGCAACGUUGGUUUUUUUUAGAUGAACGUAGUAGAAAACAGAGAUUAAAAAUUCCAAAGAGAAUGUCUGUACCACCGCCAAAGAAACAGGAAAUAACUUCUCAAUCUUGGUUGUUUUCGGUAACUGUACCAAAUAUUUUAUCCAAAGAAAAAGUAUUUAUAACAGGAAGCACUGCUGAACUUGGUGAGUGGGAUUUCAAUGGUAUUGUUGCUUUAAAUUAUGAUGAAAGUACUAACAUAUGGUCUAAAUCCAUCAUAAUACCCAACACUCACGAUGUAUUCUAUCGUUACAUAGUGUGUGCAUUUAAUGAAGAAGCAAACAAAGUUACUGUCAAUCGCUGGGAGAACCAUGUUGGACCUAGAGUCAUUAAAGAAAACAUGUUGCAUCCUGUUAUUGAUAGUUUUGGUGACUAUGAUGGUAAGCAGCAACUUAUUAGGGGCUGGCUAACAUCGCAAACUCUUGUACAAUUAAAGUUUUUUAACAAUCCUUUAAAACUUAAGAGCCGUCUUAAUGACAGAGUGGUACAGAUAAAAGUAACACCAGUGAAGUUGAGUUUUGGGGUUGAGCCUCAUAUUGAAGAUUCCUCAUUGAGUGCUGACACCGUGGACAAUGAACCUCCUGCUGGGGUCUCUGUAGAAGUUGCUACGUUAGAUAAUGAUCUAGUACUCUGCUCUCUGCAGCCCCAGGAGCAGUUUGGUCGGGAAUAUAAAACCAAUGACACCUUAUUAGUAAACAUAUAUGCUCCUAAUCCUCAAAAUAUUGCAUAUCUUAUUGAUUUUUAUACAUACAGCCAUAGAGCAUCUGAUGAAGACCCUCCAUGUCAUAUUGGAUACACAUAUGUGCUUCCAAACAUGCUUCGACCUUCUGAAGGCUGUUUAGAACUCCCAGUUACAUGUAACAUUAAACAUCGUCCUCUUGGCACAAUUAAUUUUGAUUACUUAAUUAUACAACCUAUGGAGGAGAACCUAAAUAAUUUUGAAGUGUCAUAUGCCAAACAUUGGCAUCCAUCCUGGACUGGGCUUGAAGUUGGACACAGGGGACUUGGAGCCAGCUUUAAAACAAAAGAGGGUAAUGCAAUAAGGGAAAAUACAAUAGCUUCUCUUAAGAAGGCAGCUGCCAGCGGGGCAGACAUGCUUGAAUUUGAUGUGCAACUUAGUAAAGACAUGAUACCAGUCAUAUAUCAUGACUUCCAUGUGUGUAUUUCCAUGAAACGAAAAAGAGAAGUAGAUUACUCUGAGAUGCUUGAAUUGCCUGUAAAAGACUUGACCUUGGAGCAUCUACAAAAGCUUAAGGUCUAUCACUUAGUUGAAGGUCGAAAUCACGAAACUCUGUUUUAUGAUGAAGAUUUAGAAGAACAUCAGCCAUUUCCAACUCUAGAACAAACUCUUAAGUCAUUAGAUGAACAUGUAGGCUUUAAUAUUGAACUCAAAUGGACCAUGGAGUUGAAAGAUGGAACGUUUGAAUUGAACAAUCCGUUUGACAUGAAUACAUAUGUUGAUAAGGUAUUGGAAGUUGUAUUGAAAUAUGCGAGCAAUCGUCGCAUCGUGUUCUCUUGUUUUAAUCCAGAUAUUUGCACAAUGGUGCGGUACAAACAAAACAAAUACCCAGUGAUGUUCUUAACCAUUGGUGUAUCGAAAAAAUAUCCCCCAUACCGCGAUCCAAGAUGCCUAUCCAUCCCAGCGGCCGUUCAAAAUGCAAUAAGUUCAGACAUUCUCGGUAUUGUGGUUCACACUGAAGACUUACUCAGGGAUCCGACACAGGUUAAGUUAGCAACUGAUGCUGGUCUAGUAAUUUUUUGCUGGGGCGACGAUAACAAUGACAAGAAUACAAUUAAAAAGCUAAAAGAGAUGGGUCUACAUGCCGUUAUAUAUGACAAACUAGAUCAGUACAUUACUAAGGAAGUUAAGGAAAGUAUUUUUCUCAUGGAGGCCCGUGACUCGCAGAGGGAGAUAAUGCGCCUUGCUGCGCUCGACGCACUUCCUCCCACAGACAGUUCCUCUGUGGCAAGUCUUUGCGAAUCACCGCGGCCUUACCUUAAUCUGGCUGUCCGGGAAAAACUAGCAGAACGAUCAACAGUCACUUCUCUAGAGUCGCUAGCUUCAUCUAUAGAGAUCCGAGAUGACGCUUCCGACAGAAACUUAAAGCGAAAUCGUGAUAUAGUUAUAAACAUAGAAAAAGAAUCGCAAGUGAAGGAACAGCGAAACUCAUUUUUGGGUCUUUUCCCCGCCGGAGAUUCUAAGGGUUCACCCAAAAAGACGCGUAAAGAAAAUUAA